AUAAGUAUUGACAGUUAAUAAUGAAAGCCUUCAUAGCUUUAGCCCUAAUAGUGUCGGUGAGCGCCAUUCCCCUCCAGGAACUGGAGAGCGAAUGGAUUGCAUUCAAGAAUCAAUUCCGUAGUAAUGCCUACUUAGGAGCGGACGAGGAGGUUAUGCGGCGACAGGUCUUUGAGACCAACUAUGGGUAUAUCAAAGCCCAUAACGCUGAGGCUGACAACGGUGUCCACACUUUCCGAUUGGGUGUCAACCAGUUUGCAGACAUGACUAACGGGGAGUACCGAAAGCAACUGACCCUUAAACUGAAGCCCCACCACUUAAAUCUGACUUUUGCUGAGGAAAAGGUCAACCCGGCCCUACCCGACAGUGUCGACUGGAGGUCCAAAAAUGUAGUCACACAUGUCAAAAAUCAGGGACAGUGCGGUUCGUGUUUUGCAUUCUCGGCCACCGAUUCAAUUGAAAGUCAAUACGCUAUCAAAACCGGACAACUGGUCACUCUAUCGCCGCAAAACAUAGUCGACUGCAUUCAAAGCGCCGGCGAUGUCUGCCAAACCGGUGGCGAUACCGUUGAGGCCAUACAACUGGUCAUUGACGAGGGAGGCAUCGAGAAGGAGUCGGACUACCCAUACCAGGCCUAUAUGGAUGACUGCCAGUACACGUCCAGAAGCAAAGCCGUCUCAGUCACUGGUGUGCACACCCUGCAGACCGGCUCGGAGUCUGCCCUCCAGAGCGCCGUUAGCAGUGUGGGCCCGGUAUCCGUGGCCAUCGAUGCCAGUCAUCAGAGUUUCCAGUUUUACGACUCGGGUGUCUAUAUUGAACGCUCGUGCAAACAUACCGUCCAGGGUCUGGAUCACGCAGUACUAGCCGUGGGCUAUGGCACUGAGGAUGGCCAGGACUACUGGCUCAUCAAGAACUCGUGGGGCACACAGUUUGGUGAGAAUGGCUAUAUUAAAAUGGCCAGAAACCAUAAUAACCAGUGCGGUGUAGCCACCUAUGGUGUGUACCCGACCGGUGUUAACUAAAUGUGAUUCUGUAUUACAGUAAAUGUAUAUUAAGUGAGAAUCCAAUGUAAAAAUUUAUGCCAAAAAAAUAAAAUAAAAAAUA